ACCGCAUUGUUCCCCUCCAGCUCUCUCUCCCUCUCUCGACACUGCCCAUCGUAGAACGCCGCCUACAGCCGUCGCCGCCGCCGUGCUCCUAUCCACUUCUCCCCUUUCAUCUCCUAUCGCCGAGAUCGUUGCCGCCGCGCUGCUCUCCCGUCGAGCUCACCCCUCGCCGUUGCUGGGAGGAGACAGUUGACCGUCUGAUUGUAUCGAUGCCGACGAGUUCGGUGGGCACCGGGUCCUUCUACACUGUCACCGACGCCGCCUCCUCGUGAGAUCCCCACCAUGGAUCUGUGGUGAUGUAGAAGGGCAGCAGGGCAGCAACCUCAACGCCACAGGUAACCGCUGAGGAUGUUUAAAAAGGACACCACCAAUAGCAGAGCACUCUAUUGCUACAAUUAUAUGCAGCGUGUGUGUAUGAUGUUGUUGGGUUGUUGACAUGGCCCGUGGUCCAGUUGCGGCUCAUGCUCAAGGCACGGUCGAGGCUGCUGUUGGGUUGGUAGGUGGUCGUGGCCGUGGCCGUGGGCGUUCUGCUAGUCGUCGUGGACGAGCCACUGGCCGUGGAGGUUCUAAUAUAGGGCGUGCCCCUGUUUCUGAUCAUGUUGCUUCUUGCCGGGUGCCUGACGCUGGUGCUGAGCCUCUUGACAGGCGUAGGGGUGUGAGUCGGCAGGUGCCUGCUGCUGGAGCUGAGCCUAUCGCCAGGCGUGGGUGUGGCGCUCAGCAGGUGCCUGCCGCUGGGCAUGGCGCCAUGCCUCGGCCAAGUGGUAGGGGUGUUCGUGGCCAUGUCCCUGGUCGUGGUGCUGAUUCUGGGAAUGCAGCCGCUGCUGUUGUCCCUGGUCGAGUUGCUGGUCCUGGGUUCACCGCCUCUCCUAGGCGUGCGGUGGUCCCUGGGAUUGCUAUACGUUACGUGCCACAUCAGCCUAUUGGGUGUCCUCCUCGAAGCCGUACAAGUGAUGGCUGGUUCCCUUUUCUGAGCUCGACCGUGGCUGCGGUAAAUCGCAGAAAACGGAAAAUGUGUGUUGAGUUUCGGCACGCUCUAUAUGAAGAACAUGUCGUUGAUGGGCCUUUGCCGAAGGAUUGGCAUGGUUUCUCGGUUUAUGUGAGUUCAGAGGUGACUGGGGUAGACCGCAACAGACGGAAAAGAUGGAAAGUGUCGAUUAAAUUGCGACGUCCUGGAUGCGAAGAGAUUGUUGUCCAAGGGCCUGUGCCGAAGGAUUGGCAAGGUUUCUCGGUCAAGUUUGCCGAGUCCCUUAAAGCUUGCUAUGCAGAUAGGUCGUACUACGGCCCUCCGGAUUUCUUGUGCCAAUACUGUGGUGCCUCCUUGUGGUUUGCUGAGUGUUCAAAGUCUAGGUCAUCCUGGACACAACGUAAGAUGGUUUAUAAUCGCUGUUGUAAAGGCGCUAAGGUCAGACGCCUUCUGAUAGGGCGGAUAUUGUUGUUAGGGUCUAUCACAUGAAGCUCACCGAGUACUUGGACGAGAUUAAGUGAGGCCGGGCUUUUGGCCCCAUAACGGCUGUGUUUUAUACCGUUGAGUUCCAGAAGUGGGGACUGCCUCACGUGCAUAUACUUGUCUGGCGGAGAGGGGGUAAAGGUCUAACAUCUAUGCUGAGAUUGGUGAGAAGCUCGUGCCUAAGUUCAAUUGAGACAACCACAUCCAUGUUGUUUCUUGGCAUGGGCAACCACAUCUAUGCUGAUAUUGGCUCCUGGGAUCCUUUAUAGGUCUCUUGCUGUGAAGCUUGUGGUUGGCAUGCAUUUCAAGCAUUCAAUUGUUAUGAGGGUGGAGUUGGAGAAGGUGGGGCGUUAGAGCAGAGCCUAUUGCAGCGUCCACGGCCUCCUCGGGCAUGGCCAAUCCCGACAGGUUGACCAGGUUGCGGGGUUUGGUUAGCAGUGUGUGUGGCCAGUGGUUGGAGCACACUGAAGUGGAGGAGCAGUGUUGUUGUUGACCAUGGAUUCAGGUUGAGAUCAGCCACUGAUGACACGAGUCUUCUACCCUGCUCCUGUGAAGGUUUCUUUUUCUAAAAUUAAAUCAAGUCUCAAGGAAUGAGAUGGAAGCGUUGUUCAGGCUCUAUGAGAAGGUGAACUGCUCUAUCAAUGACGAUGAACUCAUCCAAUUGCACUUUAUUGGUAACAAUUUUACCAUCCGAGGAUACAUCCAAAUUACAGGAUUAGAACGAAAAGAAGAAACUACAGCAUCACAUAACUGCAGCAAAGAAGGUAAUGCAUGAGAUGGAACAGGGUCGUAUUAUGGAAGCGAAGAACAGAAUCCCUGAUGUUCCACGGAGUGUUUUCAGUUAAAGGUAAAAAAGGAAAAAGGAAGUCUGGAGCUCUCUUGGCUGUACAACAAAGAGGGGUUACUUCACAUACUCAUCAGCAGUGAGGCUAAUAUCAUCUCUAAUCAAGUGAAAAAGCAAGGGCGCAUCCUUAGUUUUCUGUUGGAAGACUUCUAUUUCUCUCAUUCCAGAGGUGCUAGCAUGUGCAAGCAGUGAGAGUGUACUUUUUAUUGAUAUGAAUCUUCAGGCUUCAUUUUGAAAUUUUGGGCCACGAACGCUUGAUCGCAGAAGUAACAGGUAUCAUGAAAUUAUGGUGGCCAUCCGCGGAUCUACUGUUCCUGGUUUGCUUUGUCGAGUGUCCCGGACAAGAGGACCAAGUGUGGGCGGGUAGGUAUCGGCAAGGCGGGCUGUCAGCACGGUGUUGGAGUUGGUCGGUAGUGGUGCACCUACGCCGUGUUUGGAUCAAUACUGUAGGAGGUUCCAUUGAGGCCCAGUCUAUCCAGGCACAAAACAGAGACAUCUGAAAGCAGGACAGACAUCACUCAUGGAGGCAAUUGAACAAAGCUAUGGCAUUGUAGUUUUAUCUCUAUUGCCACUGUUGGCUUUUGCUCUCUUGUGUUCCUGCUCAUGUUACUGAACUUAAUGUUAGCUAAUUAGCUUUUGUAAUCGUGUGACCGUGCUGAAUUGGAUGUUGCCUUGCUUCCGCGACGGGUUAGCUUUUAUAAUCUCAUGACCAUGUUGAACUUGAUGAUGUUACACUUCUCGAUAAUUGGUUGUUCUGUUACAUGUGCUAAA